UUUCGUGAAAGUCGGUAGGUGGCAGUAAAGACAAGCGGUGGCAGUCAGACUACGUUUACUCUUCGAGGCAAAAGUCACAAACGCGAUCGUUUGCGUCUUCGUCUAGCCAGUAAACAUGGACGAGGGGGCGUCUUACCAGGAGAUAAAAGAGUGGCUAGGCAGAGGCAUCGACCGGAUAGCGAAAGCGACCUCGCGGACCGUCGCGAACAAACUAGCGCAUCUGAAAAACGAAGAGCUUCCCCGGUCCGUUGUAAAACGUGCUGAAGAGGACAGUCAAGCUUUGGAAACUACGCGUGACUUUAACUGCUGCAUGUCCGUCUUAGUAGAAGAGGCAGUGAUGGCGGCCGCGGAGAUCCUCAACUCUGAAUUUGAAGACUUGGUAAAGAAAAAAUACGCGGAUUUCCGUUCUGAAAUCUGUGAAUACGAAAAAGAGAUUGAAAGCUUGAAGCAGCAACUGGAAAUCCCCCAUCCACAGUUAAAAGAGAGAGACAUCGGGGAUCCUGAAACUCAUCCCAUGGAGUGCACGCAGGGACCCCAAAAUGGGGACUUCACGCAAGAGACGCAGCAAAAAGACUUGAAUACUGAUUGUAUUGAAAUGAAGACCACUCCUGUCAACGAAGAUGCCCCUUGCUCGUCUCACAAUCACGAAGGAACUGAACUGAGCUCGAGGAGUGGAGAACAAGGACCACCCGAAGCUUAUUUCCAAGCUGCAGAAGGCAUGGCUUACUUUGGCUUGCGGCUCCUGGAGGUGGGCAGUGUUGCCACGUGGGGCACCGCAGAAAGCAUUUGGGAGAAAACUGAAGAAGGAUUCACUGAGAAGAUUUCUGAUUGUGUUACGCCAAAAGAUACUGUGGAGGUUCUGUGUGAUGAUGAGGAGCAGGCAUCCAUUUGAACAAAGGAGAAGAUGAUCAGUUGUUAAUGAGGGGGGCCCUCUGAGCAGGAGCUUCCUUUACCUGGCAGGCCAGAGUGUUCCAUUAUGGAGUGUGCUGCUGAAGACACAUCUACUGAAAAUAAGAUUUAAGGAAGCACAUGUGAGGGUUCCUUGAGCUCAGGCCAGCAGAAUUAUGGGUAUUGUGGUGAAAUCGCAAGGGGGUUGACAUGCCACAGCUGCAUAAUGGGUACCCAAAAACCUCUUGUAAAUUACAUCAAGGAAUGCAGAGAGGAAAGAAAUGCCAAUGUAGUGAAUGCAAACAGGCCUUCAAAGAAAGGCACAGGCUUAAACAACACCAGAGGACCCAUUAAGAAGAAAAGCCACACAAGUGUCCCGAAUGCAACAAGAGUUUUGACCGUAAAUGUCACCAGAAUAACACUGUACCAGUGUAAUAAAUGUGGCAUAAAUUUCCACUGUAGUAAAAGCCUGAAACGUCACCAGAUAUGUCACAUGUAUUAAAAAAACAGGCCAGCGUAAAGAAUGUGUCAAAGCUUUGCUCAAAAGUCAGAAACUAAAAAAGCAGGGCAGAAAAUCAACCAGAGAGGAAAAUCAUUCCUCAAGUGUGCCGAACAUAAAAAGACACAAGGUGAUAAAGAAAAGCAUAAAAACUACCAAAGAGUCCACACAGUAGGAAAAACUCGACCAGUGUAACAAAUCUGAGAAGCGCUUCAGCUGUAAAUGAAAACCUUGAAGGCUGCCAAGUAAGUUGCAGAGUAGCAAAUAUGGCAGCCCUUUCACUGAGAGUUUACACCAGAGGCUUGAGUGCAGGGGAACAGCCAACCAAGUGUAAUGUGGUAACUUCUAAGAGCCUUAAACGCCAUGUGAGAAUUCACACCGGACAAAAGCCGUACCAAUGUACAGAAUACAGAAAGAUCAUCUGUGAGAAGGUGGUUUACAACAUAACGUGUAGUACUAGGGCAUGGUAUCGUGGCAGCCAUUAUGAAUGCAGUGAGAAGUCAUGCAAACUGACACCUUUGAUUGGCUAACUAGAAAGAUUACAAUAUGCAAGCUUUUGAGUCAACUCAGGCCCCUUCUUCUGGCAAAAUGUAAUCAGAAACUGGAGGUCUCUGUGUUUGUAUACACACUAGGACAAAUAACAU